GGAAAAUUAACGAUGGCAGCGACUGCAACGUCGAAUGCAAUUACUCUGAGAGGCUCCACUGAGAUCGUAGCUGAAUUCUUUUCAUAUGGAAUUAACAGUAUAUUAUACCAGAGAGGGAUUUAUCCACCAGAGAGUUUUACACGAGUACAGAAAUAUGGUCUUACUUUACUUGUUACAUCUGAUGACAUGUUAAAAAAGUAUCUAAAUACAGUCAUUUCACAAGUUAAAGAAUGGCUGUAUAAUAUGACGGUAAAGAAAUUGGUAGUUGUCAUUAAAGAUGUGGAUACAAAUGAGGUUCUGGAGAGGUGGCAGUUUGAUGUGGAAGGGGACAAAUUGGCCCUGAAAGAAAGUAAACCUCGUGAGAAGUCAGAGAAAGAAAUCAAUAGCGAGAUCAGUGCUGUUAUACGUCAGAUUACCGCCUCAGUAACAUUCCUACCUCUCCUAGAGGGAGCAUGUGCCUUUGAUUUGCUGGUGUAUACAGAUAAAGACAUUGAUGUUCCUGAGUCAUGGGGUGAAGAUGGUCCUCAGUUUAUUGCUAAUUCUGAGGAAGUGAGACUGAGGUCCUUCACAACCAGUAUACACAAAGUAGACGCCAUGGUAGCUUUCAAAAAGUAAAAAUAUAGAGAAAUUCAUAAUCAAAAUACAAUGUACCAAUUCUUCAGUGGUUGGAAAGGAAAGAAGAAAAAUAAAUGUGGCACAGAGAAAGUGUUAACUUGGUGAUAUGAAAUGUCACAAAAAUGGAAAGUGGAAGUGCUCGUGAAACCAUUGCUGUACAAUAUGUCUAAAAGGUGCUGGUCAGUUGUAUUGUGAACCUAAAAUGUUUGAAUUUAUGAGUAUGCAGAUAGAUUCAGGAACAUGGCUAUGGAAGAGAUUACAAGAUUUUAAAAACUGAAGGUGUUAUCAAAUACAAUGCAUAAUUUUUAUUAUUUCAUAUGUACACACUAGCUGGAAUGGUACUAUCUCUUUAUAUCUCUAUCUGCACUCCAAACAUUGUGAUGGGAUCAGAUUUACAUUGUUUAUUGUGGCAGCAAGACUGAAGGCUGAAUCACUAUUAGCUGUACAUUCAAUUGUGAAUCUCUUAGAAAAAUUAGAAAGUUUAUUUCAUGACUAGCAUUAAUUUGUUUGAUUUUUAGCUCAAGUGAGCUUUUCUGAUCACCCAUUGUCUGGCAUCUGUCUGUGUGUCCAUCUGUCUGUAAACUUUUCACAUUUUCAACUUCUUCUGAAGAACCUUUGGGUCAAUUUUAAUUAAAGUUGGCACGAAGCAUCCUUUGGGAUUUAAAAUUGUUCAAAUAAAGGGUCAUGUCCCCUUCAAAGGAGAGAUAAUCAACAAAGGCAAAAAGGGUUUGGUUGCUAAAAACAUCUUUAAAAAACCACUGGGCCAGAAAAGAUGAAAGCUUCCUGUUGUAGUAUAUGUGCUAAAUACGUAAGCUUCCUUACAUAGUGUACAUUCUUAAUUGUUCAAUUCAUUGUCCCCAGGGGUAAGGUGGGGCCACAAUAGGGGAUCAAAGAUUUACAUGGGAAUAAAAACAAAAGGUUAGAAAUCUCAAAUACCAAUAGACAUGAAAAGUUCCAACUAAUGAAAGCCUCCUAAUGUAGAUUCUACCGCAAAUUGCUCUUGUCAUGGCCUCCAGGGGGAAGGGUGGGGCACGAUAGGGGAUCAAAAUUUUAUAUGGGACUUUAAUAAGAAUUUUUAGCUCACCUCAACGAAGUUGGGGGAGCUUACGUAAUACCGUCGGCGUCCCAGGUUAAAGUUUUUGGAGCAGUUUUCUUUUCAAAUACUUCUUUGCCCUAUAUCAAUCACAGAUGCAUGGGGGAUGCUUCUAGUGUGUUUCAUUGUACCAGUCAAGGUUUCAGAUGCUGCAAUUUGCUUCGGAUGCUGGAUCUCGCCUACAUUUUCCAGAUGAGUGACCAGGUUAUAAUGUUUGGAGCAGACCUCAUUUCCAAGUAACUAUAAGCCCUAUAUUGACCAAACUUGCAUGGAUGAUACAUCUAAGGAUGCACACUACUGGAUUUGCUUCAGAUGCUUGAUCUGACCUAUAUUUUCCAGAUGAGUGACCAAGUUAAAGUUUUUGGAGCAGAUCUCAUUUCCAAGUAACUACAUGUAUAAGGCCUAUCUGAACCAAACAUGCAUGGAUGAUGCAUCAAGGGACGAACACUCUCAAACUUGCUUCAGAUGCUGAAUUUGACUUACAUUUUCUGGAUGUGUGACUAGUUUUAAGUUUUAAAUAAGUCCAUUCCCAAGCAGCAAGCCAUAUCAAACCAAAAUUGCAUAAUGUUGCAUCUAGGGAUGCACAUUACUAGAUUAUUAGUUUAGUGUGGGACUUUGCCUUACUUAAAGAAAACAUUCGUUGAGGUGAGCUCUGUAAUCUCUGAUUACCUAUGUUUUAAGAAUAGUACCAUUAACUUGCAAACAUUCUUCAAUUUUGUGGAUUUCAGUUCUUUAUUCAUGGGAAUAUAAAAAUCUUUAAAAAAAAACAUGUUGAACAACGGGGUUUAAGUUACUCAGGUGAGUGUUGUGGCCCAUGCACCUCUUGUUUAUGACAUUGCAUGCAUUAUUUUCACCAAUGCCAUUAUUUUAAUAGAAACUCAGUGCUAGAUGUACAGAGUACAUGAAACUUGUACGAAUUUUCUAUAUUACAUUGCAUGCAUGUUUACAGUCAUAUUUUUGUGCUUGUUCAUAUAGAGAAGGCAGUAAGUGCAUUGUAUAAUGUUACCUUUUUUUCAUGGUAUUACAAUAAAAGUAGAACCAUU